AUGAGUGCAUUGAUCCCAGCAUACAAUAAAAAGAUCAGCGAAAUCGACAGUAGUCAAUAUAAUCAAGACACUAUCGAUGCUUUCGAUAAAGAAGUAGAUUCAGAUCUUAUUGAAAAAUUGACAAAAAUAAAUGAAAAUGUGGCCAUUGAUAUUGAUAUGGAUAAAUUGGAUGCUUUAAUUGAAGAAGCUAUCACAAAUGACAAACCUAUUAUCGGUCUUUAUUCAAUACUUGAACAUACUAAAAUUCAAUCAAUCAACAAAGAUACUGUUGCUUCAAUGAAAGAUAUGUUAGAAAUGGAAUUUGAGAAUGUUAAAAAACCAAACUGA